AUGGAUGAUUUUCGUGAAGCAUAUUAUUGGCUGCGGAAAAAUACGGAACCAAAUGCAAGGGUGAUGAGUUGGUGGGAUUAUGGAUAUCAGAUAGCCGGGAUGGCAAAUCGCACCACUCUGGUGGACAAUAAUACAUGGAAUAAUUCACACAUAGCAUUGGUUGGAAAAGCGAUGGCAUCAAAUGAAACAGCAGCAUAUGAAAUUAUGUAUGAUUUAGAUGUUGAUUAUGUCCUGGCCAUUUUCGGUGGCGUUAUUGGAUAUUCAGGCGAUGAUAUCAACAAAUUUUUAUGGAUGGUACGAAUAGCUGAAGGUGAACAUCCAAAAGAUAUUCGUGAAGCAAACUAUUUCACAGAAGGCGGUGAUUAUAGUGUUGGAGCACAAGCCUCCGAAACAAUGCUCAAUUGUAUGAUGUAUAAAAUAAGCUAUUAUCGUUUCGGAGAAAUAAGGGUUGGUUUUUAUGCAUUUUUUAUUACACCUAUGCAGUGCAAAAAUGCAUAUUGUCGCGGGGUUGUCUGCGUGUGUUCGUCUGUACCGAUUUUUUUU